AUGGGAUCUAGAAUUAACUUGGACCACACGUUUCAGCUAGCCAAAACGCCGGCUGUAAUCGCCGCUGGAGGUGCCUUCGUGGGCUGGUUCGUGGUUUCGAGCCUGAAUAGUUGGUACUCACGAAGAGUCGUCAACAAUGCCGUUACCGACAAGAUGUACGACUGGAGCAAAGAGAUUGUGCUGCUGACAGGCGGCAAUAGCGGGAUAGGAGCUGCUAUCGCGGCGAAGUUGGCUGAGAGGGCGGUGAAGGUCAUCAAUGUCGACAUCGCACCUCCGAAAGGUCGCACAUGUAAGCAAGAAAUCCUCGACAUCACCUCCUCCUCAGAGAUCGCCUCCAUUGGGGCUCAAAUACGUGCUGAACACGGCGCACCCACUGUCCUGAUAAACAACGCCGGUGUCGGAAACGCGGUGCCUAUUCUACAGCUGGCCGAGACAAAGCUUCACACAAUCUUCCAAGUGAACUUCCUACCCGACAUGGUCAAAGCAGAUCACGGACACAUUGUCUCUAUUGCGAGUCUAGCCUCAUUCAGUACUCAGGCAUUGAACGUAGACUAUAGCGUGACCAAGGCGAGCGUGUUGGCCUUGCACGAGGGUUUAGCUCAAGAGUUGAAAUUCAUCUAUAAAGCACCACGGGUGCGAACUACGAUCGUGCAUCCGGGCUGGGUCCGCACUCCGAUGGCGCAGAAAUGGUUAGACAGUGGCAAGAUAACCAAUGGCUUGUCUGAGCCGGAAGAUGUCGCCAACGCGGUUGUGAAGCAGCUUUAUUCUGGAUACGCGGCACAGAUCAUCAUCCCUUCAUAUUUCUGGUGGAUACCUCUCGUAAGAGGUUUGCCAUCUUGGUUGCAAGAAAGUGCACGGGAUGUCGCGUCGAAGGUGUUGUUAAAUGCAGACGAAUAA